CCCCCACUUUCCUGGUUCCUACCUCAGACCUUCGUCGGAGCUUCCUCCGACGUCUUUUCAUCCGCCAUCACCGCCCUCCUUCUUCACAAUCAUUCCUCUGUGCAUCGUCUUCCUCUCUCUUUAAAACAUGUGCCAACCACCUAACUAGGUUUUUGUGCCUCUCUAAUGCAGCAGCGACCACCGACUCUCAUCCGGAUUUCAAUCAAUCCGGAGGGAAAACGUCACCAUGUUUGUUACUGCAUCACCUUGUUGCCGCGCGCUUUCUCUUGGCCCACCUCUUCAUUCUACGGCCGGAGUUAAGAAUAAACUCUCAAAACCCUAUGUCUCAUUCAAAUUCAAACGGACCACUCGCUUGUUAAAAGUACAUUCUUCAAAGACAUCGAGAAACAAUUGGAGAUUUUCAUGCUUUAAGCAUGAUGAAUCUUCUUUGGAAUAUUCCGUCUCUGAGACUUCAGAAGAUGUAUUGCCAGGCGAGAUGGUAGAACCAGAAAGAAAACAACCAAAUGUGAAGCAUGAUUGGAUUUCAAACAUCAGAAAGGUUGCAGAUGCCACGUUUAGCUCAAAACCAUGGACCGUGCCAUGGACAGCCAAGACGAUUUUGCAGGUAAUGCUCUUCUGGAUUGCCUCAUUUUGGCUGGUUGGAUCAUGGAUAAUACCAUUUGUAGCUCACAUGGCAGGUUUCAGAAAGGAGUCCCUAACAUACAGAGGACAGGCGUUGUACAGCCUUUUAACAGACGUGGUGGAGGGUAUUGCUGGGAUUGCGAUCCUUAAGCUUUGCCUUGCAAGGUUUCGUCCCCUUUCAUCUGAUUGGUUCAGGUUUAGCUUUGAAGGGAACUGGCAAUUUGAUGUUGGUUUAGGAUGCCUUAUGUUCCCUUUGGUCAACCGGCUCUCACAGGUUAACCUGAAUUUAUUGCCCAUGCCUCCCCCUACUCCUGUCACGAUCUCAAAUGUCGAACAGUCAAUUGUUGCACGAGAUCCAAUGGCGAUGGUGCUUUAUGCCAUAGUGGUUUCAGUUUGUGCCCCUAUCUGGGAGGAGAUUGUCUUUCGAGGGUUUCUUCUCCCUUCCUUGACGAGGUACAUGCCUGUAUGGUGCUCAAUAUUGUUGAGUUCAUUAGCUUUUGCCUUGGCGCAUUUCAAUUUGCAGAGAAUGCUGCCCCUUGUAUUCUUAGGGAUCGUAAUGGGUACCCUUUUUGCACGAUCAAGAAACUUAUUGCCGCCCAUGCUGUUACACAGCCUUUGGAAUGCCUUUGUAUUUGUAGAUCUUAUGAGGUGAUGUUCCUCAGGUCCCAGUUGCUAUUUCUUUUCACAUUUUGUAUAAGCAUACGGUUGUUUUCUUAUUAUUGAUCCAGUUAGAUGUUCAUUCAGUUAUUGACGUAGUAUAGGAUCAUUCUCUUACAACAUUUUUUGCCAAAUUCGGUAUUGAUCUGUGUAAAUGAAUAUUAAUGAGAGCUGAUGAUGAACACAUUGCUGUUC